UAGGGUUAUGAUCUAAAUUUGACAUCCAAUCAUGAGUCUCACUUUAUGAAAAAAAUAUUUACCGUCGUUAGCCACCAAUAGGAGAAAGGUUCGUGUAUUUGACUUGAGAAGAUAAACUUCCUUACCACGUCUGAACGAUUUUAGUGCAUUUAUAUCGGUUUUUCACUGAAAUUAAACGUUUUACCUAACACUUACCUGCUCAUUAAUUACUAAAAUGAAAUUAAGUUGCCAAUUAAUAGUUUUAGCAGUGUUCAUUGCUGUAGUAUCAGCAAGAAUAGACCCAAAAAACUUGAAGUGUUUGGUAUGCCGGACGACCUUCGAGGAACUGGAUAAGGCGAUUAAAAAUGUUGAUAAGUGGAAAAAAGUUGAUGUGGGUAACUUCAGGAUGGAUGCCAGCGGAGACACAAUGCAGGAUAAAGUGCCAGCCCACAGAUCCACCGUCUACAUCUCCGAGAUGAUUGAUGACAUCUGCAAGAAGAUGGACGACUACGUCCGCGUGUACUACAAGGCGACCGGCAAGCUCGAGAUUAUGCUUCUGAUAACUGAAGCCGGCGGGAUGAACCCGGAGUUCAGCAAGACCAAGUUUGUCACCGACGAUGACUUGAACAAGAGUUUGGAGUACUAUUGCGAGCGUAUGUUCGAAGAGAAUGAGGACGAGAUCACGUCGCUGUACAAGCAUCGGCCCCAUGAUGACGUCAUGCCAGACGCGCUUAACGAGAUCUGCUUCAAGCACACAAAAUACUGCGAAGACUGGAUGCUGCCGACUGAGGAAGAUACCACCUGGACCGAGGAGAUGGAGAGGGAAUACAUCAAGAUCCACGGCCCGGACCCGUACGGCUUCAACAUGGGCGGCAUGGGGGGCAUGGGCGGCAUGGGCAUGGGCGGAGCGCCCGAGAUGCCCGACGGGCUCGGCGACGAGCUGCCGGAGGACCUCGAGGACUUACCGGAGGAGGAGGUUAAAGAUGAGCUGUAAACUGUCACCAACAGGAAUACCAUGGUUAAGAGAGACGAGUGACAAUGACAAUUGAUAAUUAUGUGGAGGAACAGACAAGACAUCAUCCAGCGGGCGCAGCAUGGUUCCAUUUUUAUCGCCUGUCACUAUGUCCGUCACUUUCGCACUUACAUACUUGUUAGAACGUGAUAGGCAUGGUGACAAGCGAUAAAAAUGCGACCGUGCUACCGCCGCAGAUUGAGCAUAGUAGCGCUACCCCCUCUGCCACAAGUAGUUUUACUCCAUUUUCGAGUCAAAGUGUCUUUGUGUGACGCCCGUGUCUUUAAACGGACCAAUCACGGCACGGGACUCGCUCACCUCGUCCCCCGCACCCCAGUAUUUUUGACAGCAUCGGUUUCAUGAAAAAAUUGCUCUAAACUCUGUCUAGAGGAUUCCUAGUCUAUGUGUGUAGGCUUUCAGAAAAAAUGGUACCAGUUACUUUUUUUCGAAAAACCAUCAUGUUUUGGGUUAUUUAGACUCAGAAUCAGGAGUACUAUUGAAUGCGACAAAGAAAAAAAAGUGUCCCCAAUUUUUCAUACAAAUUUAGGGUGUCAAGUUUUGUAACGGUCCAUACAAAAUGUAUGUGAAAAUGCGUUACAAAACUGAUAUUAUUUUUGGGAGACUUUUUUUUUAAAUCGAUAUUCCUCGUGAUUCUGAGUCUAAAUAACCCAAAAGUAGAUGGAUUUUCGAAAAAAAGUAAAUGGUACUUUUAAAUGAAGAUACUCAGGUAUUUUAAAUAAAAGUAAACAAAUAAUUUGUACAUUUUCGGGUAGUUAUGACAUUUAUUAGUUAACCAACCAAAUACAAAACCGCCUGGAUCAGUCACUGAACGACCUGACUUUACCUACAUAAUUUGAUCAUGUACCUAAUGUUUUCAUCUACCCUCAACUGGCUAAAGGAGCCAUUUGAGGGUAGAUUUUGUUUACUUUCGUUUAAAUAAAGAUACAGAGUAUACUUACCGCUUAUUACCAGGGGUGCGAAACUCUUUCUUUCGGGCAUUCUCGGCUCCGUUCGGCUCAGCAUUGAUCCGAGCAAUUAUUUGGGUUGGCACAACUUGACGUCCCUUUGCGUGCACGACCACAGAUAAGAUAAUGACUUGAAUUUUGACAACUCUAAAUAGCCGAAAGAGAUAGUGCCAUACAUUAGAAAGAGACAGCAUGAUUCGACCCUGAACCACUGUCAAACUUCGGUUUUGUAGGAAGUUUCUUUUCUGUACGUAGUACUGUUAUUUAUUUAAUAAACGGCCAGUCAGUUGUCACAAAAACAAUUGAAAUAUUAUGCACUU